AAACACCAGGACAAAGAUUUUAUAUCAUUUUACAGGCGUGUCGCUUUAAGAUGAUACGUUUUCAACAACCUUUACCUACCUUAUUGAACUUAAAAUAUAAAUAAUUCAAGAUUUUGCAAAUGCAGACGGUUAAACGUGAUACGCUGUUUGUUUUUCAAAUAAUAUACUUGAUAUCGCGGAUACAAGGUCUAAGGUAAAAUUUAGUGAUGUGAUCGUCAGUUUUGUUAAUAACAGCUGGUAAUAAAGAAUGGACCUUAAGACAUCGACUACUGUUGAUUGUAAAGGAAAGGGACAAGAUAAUGAAGGAUUUGACAGGUACGGCGAAAAGCAAGAACGUGAUCAAGACAGUUCACCAAAAUGUAUAGAUAUCUACUUAUCGGAGAAAGACAUUGAUGAAAGAUCUACAGACAAGGGGGAUGAUUCCAGCAAUGACAGCGAGGGAAAUGUUAUGAUUUAUAAUGUUCGGGACAGGCCACCAUUCUAUCUCUCCAUCUUCUUUGGUUUGCAGCAAGCUUUAUUGUCGUUGUCCGGGAACCUGUCCGUGUCCUUGCUGGUUGCAGAAACUGUAUGUGCUGAAAAUGAUGAAGAAUUCAAAGCUGAAUUACUCGGAACUACUUUAUUCAUGAGCGGUAUUACUACACUGUUGAUGACCUUUGUCGGGGUCAGACUUCCGCUAUUUCAAGGUGCAGCUCCAGAUUACGUCAUACCGUUACUUGCAAUGGCGGCUAUAAAUAAAGAGAGGUGUGAGCUUGAUCCGGCAACAAUUGCACGUGCAAGAAAUGAAUCUCUUCUUCAAAACACAACGUUGGAUCUGGUGGCUUUAAACAGACCGAAUGUUCUUCAUAAUACUCAACUGCUCCAAGGCAGCCUGAUACUGGCAGGUGGUAUCCACUGUCUAAUAGGCUUAACGGGGUUGGUAGGGUUCUUGCUCCGCUUCGUCGGCCCCGUCACCAUUGUCCCUGCCAUAUUUCUGAUCGGUAUCUACCUCAUGAAAGCGACGGCAAAGUUCGCAAAGGUACAUUGGGGCAUCUCUUUUCUAACCUGUGCAAUAUCGCUUAUUUUGGCUUUGUACAUGUCAAAGAUCAAAUUACCCGUGCCAAUUUGGACUCGCAAGAAAAAAUGUCACAUGACAAGGUACCCUUAUCACCAAGUUUUUGCGAUCUUGAUAGCAAUUAUGAUUGGUUGGGCAGUAUGUGGUAUAAUGACUGCGGCAGACGUUAUACCUUACAACAAGAAUGACACAAGAUUUUACACACGGACAGACGCACGAAGUUAUAUCAUCGGAACGUCUAGUUGGUUCUUCUUCCCGUAUCCAGGUACACAUGUAUCUAUUCAUAAUGAAGAUUUUGAUUACUUAAAUGGCAUAGUAAUAUCAUACAAACCCUUUCCCCUUUUAUCCCGUUCUAUUGGUGAUUACUACGCAUGCGCAUCAAUGUGUCGUACUCCUCCGCCGCCUUCUCACGCAGUAAAUAGAGGCAUCGCUAUAGAAGGAUUUUGCAGUACUAUUGCCGGAGUAUUAGGAUGUGGCCAUGCCACUACCACGUAUGGCGGGAAUAUUGGAGCAAUUGGCGUCACGAGGGUUUCCAGUCGUGCGGUGUUUUUUGUGUGUGGUGUCAUUUACCUGAUCUUCGGGAUGAUUGGGAAAAUAUCCGCCAUCUUUAUAUGUAUUCCAUAUCCGGUACUUGGUGGUGCCUUAAUCACCAUGUAUGGUAUGUUUACUGGAGUGGUUCUAUCAAACCUUCAUGCUAUUGACCUAAGUUCGAGUCGAAAUCUGGCCAUAAUUGGCACGUCAAUCUUCACAGGAUUGUUGGUUCCGUACUGGAUUGAGCAAUAUCCUGGAGAACUGGCAACAGGGAAUGACGAUGCUGAUGAAAUACUCAAGAUUCUGUUGGGCAACCCCAACAUGUUUGGUGGUGUUCUUGCCUGCAUAUUAGACAAUACUGUCCCAGGAACUGUAGCAGAGCGUGGCAUUGCAACCUGGCAAAAUGUCGAUGAUCCUACCACGGCAAAGAAAGUUUAUGUGGAGGGCUAUAGCAUUUAUAACCCAUGGCUACCAGAGCGAAUAAAGAACUCGAGAUUUAUCAGAUACAUACCGUUUUUGCCUAAUCCGGAAGAAGGCGAUAUACCCCAUACCCUAACAGAUGAAAUAUUUAAAGAAGAUUCGAACUCAAACCAUACUUCAAAUUCAAGUUCAACGCAUCUUUAAUUAGAGUCACCGUUACCUUGGUUACGUAGCACAUUUUAUUCACCGUGCCACUGGUCGCCGUAGUCGCAGUGUGUCGCAGUUUAGCUGUAUAUAGGAGAAACGCCCAGACACACGUCGUCUUAAAUGAACACUAAAUAUGCAAAAUAUUUACAGUAUAACGUUAUGCAAUAUCAUAAACAUAUGUAUUACAGUUGUACAUAGUGAAGUCAGUGACUGCAAAAAUCUUCGAACUAGUGUUAAUAUUUGUAUAUA